UGGUUUCCCGCCAGAACACGUCCCAUCACAUCCCAUCGUCUUCCCCUGCUUAGUGCUUACAUAAAUAUCUGAAUAUUUUAUUGUUUCAUUCCCCUUCUUCACCUCUAUAUAAAACCUCACCAAAAAAAUUAGGGCAGAAGAACCAAACCCUAGCCACAAACUCACAAAGAAAACUAAAUUGAUCGACGAAGUUUUCUUUACUUUCCGACAAGCAGGGAGAUAUGUCAACCGGGAAGGUUUACGAAGCUAAAGUGUUGGAAUUAUACAAGAAAGAGCAAAUUAAGGUGAAGGAAACUUUCUCAAAACAUGCUGGAAAGAUUAGUUUCUCAGUGGAGUUACUAAGGGAAUUUGUGUCAUUUGAGUCAUUUGUUUGCAUAUCUGCCCAUUACAUAGACGAAGAUUGGAAACUGAAAAAAUGGGUUCUUAAUUUCUUCUGUGAUUCUACAAUGGAUGCGGAUCACCCAAAUGUUGUCUUUAUGAAGUCUCUAAAAGAGUAUGGUGUUGAGGGAAAAUUCCUUACUUUUUCUGUUAGAGAUGAUGCUGUCCUCUAUGUUGAUGAUUUGAAGGAACAGCUUCAAGAAAAGAGUUCAUUCCUGUUGGACGGCAAAUUGUUUCCUGUUCUGUGCAGCAGUGACAUAGUUAGUCGAGUUGUUCAGAAAGGAUUUGAGGAGAUUGAUGGUAUAAUUGACAAAGUUAAAACCUUAAGUUGGCCUAGAUUAGCAAAGCCGUUGUGGUAUCUAACAACUUGCAACCUUUCAAAAGCCAUAGAGUUGAAGGAAAUGGGAGAGUUUUCUUCUGUAGAAGAAGGUGGGUUUGCUGAAGUACCAUCAGAGGAGGAAUGGGGAAAAGUCAAGAGCAUGUGCAGAAUUGCAGAUAGAAUUUAUGUAAUCACCAAAGGAUUGUUUCAAGUAGAGAUGCCAACAUCUAAUCUGUUUCUACCUCAUCUUCAAGAGAUUCGAGCCUACCUUACUCAAGAGUCAGCCAGUUCUGAUGCAUUUGUGAGUCUCGUUACACAAAAGAUGCUCAUUGACUUCAACAAGUACUGGGAUGAUAUGUAUUUGCUGCUAUCAAUUGCUGCAUUUCUUGAUCCGCGUUACAAAAUGAAAUUUGUGGAGUUUUGUUUGUCUGAAUCAGAGGCUGCUGUUGUUCUAGAGAAUAUUUACAAGCUGUAUGAUGUGUAUGAGGUGCAACGUGAUCAAAACAUGUAUCUGUUGGGUGAUUCAAGUUCCGAGGAAGAGGAAGAUAAGAUCGGGUCUGGAAAAUACGUUAUGAGAAAAUGGGGUAACAAUCUGAAAGACCUGAAUGUACUAAAAGAGUACUGUGAUACAGUACAAUCUAAGUAUGAGCCUGAAAAGUCGGAUUUGGAGCUGUAUCUAGAAGAACCAGUGGUGUAUUGGAUGGAUAAUUUCUGUGCCUUGAAGUGGUGGAAAGAGAACGGCUUAAAGUAUCCCCGGCUCUCUAAAAUGGCUCGUGACUUGUUGGCUAUUCCUGUGACUCUUGUGAGUUCAUAUGAAGCAUUCUCUAUUGAGCCAAGGGAAGUUGAUAGGUCGUUGAUGUCUUUGAAACCUGAAGUGAUGAAUGCAGUGAAGUGCACUCAGAGCUGGAAAUCCGGUUCCAAAAAAUGAUUAUCGAGCUGCUGAUAUUACUAACAUCAGGAAGUAUUUUGUGGUGCCAUAGUGGGAACUUCUGCUGAUUUUGGAAGUACAGUACGAGUUUUAAAAGUGUGGACUUCUGCUGAUUUUGUAUGUUUAGCGAAUUACUGAUAUUGAACAUGCUUUAGCUAGUGUUUUGGAGUAAUGUAAUUAAGAAUGUGGCUUGGCUUGCCAUGGAUUAACUUUUGUCAUGAGAAACUGAUACUGAACUCUAUGUCUAAACUUCAGAACUAAAUGGUUGUGGUUUUUUUUUUUGAUGCAAGAAAUGGUUGUGUUUGCAA